AUGCACAAACUGUUGUGUUUUGCAUUAAUCGUUUGUCAUUUUUUCUAUGCUGGUUCUCUUCAAGCACAGAGCAGGGGACGGAACGUAUUCCGUCUUCGGGGGUUGACUUCAGAAAAUAAGGAGAAGAUAGAUAGCCUGAAAGAUAUAAAUCGACUGACAAACAAGAUUAUUGCAACGACAGAAUCUCCCAAAUCAAAUACUGGCCAACAAGGCGGGGACGAAAUUCAACAUUCCCCUUUGCGGUAUAUACUAAUCAGCUUGGAUCACUAUGAGGAAUGGUCAAACUGGUCGCAGUGUGUUAUACCCAGCUGCAUUCAGUAUCGCUAUAGACGGUGUACUGACGAUUCCUGGAAGCAAAUCCAUCUGAGUAAAUCCGGAAAAUACAACUGCCCUAGUACAAUCAGUGUGGAGACACGCCGAUGCAUUGACCAGACGGGCUGUCCAGUACCUGGGACGUUCCCCAACUGUGGCAUUCGACCCCAGCACUUGAGUAUCGAGCCCAAAAUUGUGGGGGGAGAAAACAGCCUUCCAAACGCUUGGCCGUGGUUGGAUGUGUGGUGCAUUCAUCAGAAACACAAUAAACCAUUUUCCACAGAAGCUGAAGUAAACGUUGCCUGUCUGCCAGUCGACUACACUGCUCCGGAUCAUGGUACAGAAUGCUACGCUGUUGGAUGGGGCGAACUGCAAUCUAGCGUGGACACUAGUUUCUUCGAUGCAUUUUGGAGUCUGUUAGGGAACUCAACUAAAGCGGGUUUCAAAUAUCCAAUGCCUCAGACCCAGGACAAUAAAAUGGUGUCGGAUCAAUUACGUGAGGUCAGAUUGACAGUUUUGGAUGCUAAGGAAUGCAGUAACUACUAUACCGAUCUUGACGAGAAACGGAUACUUUGCGCAGGUUCAAAUGGAAAGGGCGCAUGUUUCGGUGACAGUGGAGGUGGGCUAUAUUGUCGAUCACCAAGUUCGAAAGCGUGGUUCGUUGCCGGGGUGACAAGUUUCGGCCACAGCAGUAGAUGCGGACUUAUCCCGGGCGGUUUCACUUCAGUCAAUGCGCAUCGGGGUUGGAUUUGGAGAACAAUUGCCCACUCAACAUCAGAGAUGAAGGUGAAACCCGAGCAAUUAAUAUUCGAAAGAAAACUGAUGGAAAGAAUAAAGGAUGAAGCUGGAGUAAGCGGGUUGCUGGAUAACACUGCAGUAUUCGAAAGAAAACUGACGGAGAGAAUAAAGGAUGUAACUGAAUUGCUGGAUAACACUGCAGGCGCAGCUAACGAUCAAUUCACAACGACUGAAAUGGAACUGGGACAAAGCAACGUAACUGGAUCAACCAGAAGAAGCGGAAGCACUUUUAUAUUGAUUGCUUGUUCAGCGAUCUGCGCGGUGUAUUUCGAAGUAGCUGGAUGA